CACAUUUAAAAUUAAACAAAAACCUCAUCCGAGUUUCUACUCACUCCAAAACCACACCAAUGGUGUCUCUCAAACUAUCCUCUUUCACCCACCUCUUCUCCUCACCCUCAACAACCGCUAUUUCCCGCCGUUCACCAUUCAUUCUCCCACGCCGCUACUUUCGCCACUCAGUUAUCGCCACAUCCGCCAAAACCACUGCGGCGGAGACCAAGGACAAACUCGACAACUCCAAGAACCGAGUCCCCGACCGAGUCAUCACACCUAGGUCACAGGACUUCAAUGCCUGGUAUCUCGAUAUCAUUGCCCAUGCUGAACUAGCAGAUUAUGGUCCUGUUCGCGGCACAAUGGUCAUUCGUCCCUACGGUUACGCCAUUUGGGAAUCCAUUCAGGACUAUUUGAAUGUCAAGUUCAAGGAAACUGGACACAGUAACAUGUAUUUUCCACAGUUUAUUCCUUACUCGUUUAUAGAGAAAGAAGCUAGUCACGUUGAGGGUUUUAGUCCUGAGUUAGCACUAGUGACAAUUGGGGGUGGAAAGGAACUUGAAGAGAAGCUCGUGGUCCGACCUACAAGUGAAACCAUUGUGAAUCACAUGUUUACUCAGUGGAUUCAUAGCUACCGUGAUCUUCCUCUCUUGAUUAAUCAGUGGGCAAAUGUCACGAGAUGGGAGAUGCGCACUAAACCAUUUGUGAGAACUCUUGAAUUUCUUUGGCAAGAAGGUCAUACCGCUCAUGCAACUCCAGAAGAGGCAGAAACUGAGGCUAAACAAAUGAUUGACAUCUAUACCAGAUUUUCUUUUGAGGAAGCUGCAAUACCUGUUAUUCCAGGUCGGAAAUCUAAAGUGGAAACAUUUGCUGGUGCUUGUAAGACCUAUACAAUUGAGGCAAUGAUGGGCGACAAAAAAGCGUUGCAAGCAGGAACCAGCCACAACCUUGGGCAAAAUUUUUCCCGUGCCUUUGAAACACAGUUCGCAGAUGAAAAUGGACAAAGGGAAUAUAUUUGGCAGACAUCAUGGGCAGUCAGUACUCGUUUUGUGGGAGGCAUCAUCAUGACACAUGGAGAUGAUGCUGGACUAAUGCUUCCUCCAAAGAUUGCACCAAUACAGGUGGUAAUUGUUCCAAUUUGGAAAAAGGAUGACGAAAAAAUGGCGGUUCUCAAUGCAGCAUUGUCCGUAAAAGAAGCUCUUAAAAGCUCCGGCGUUAAAGUUAAACUUGAUGACUCCGAUCAAAGAACCCCUGGAUGGAAGUUCAAUUUCUGGGAAAUGAAGGGAGUUCCUCUUAGAAUUGAAAUUGGCCCCCGGGAUGUGUCUAGUGGAAGUGUGGUCAUAUCUAGGAGAGAUAUUCCUGGGAAACAAGGGAAAGUGUUUGGAAUCUCUAUGGAGCCUUCAAUUUUGGAGGCAUAUGUUAAAGACAAGUUGGAGGAGAUACAGUCUUCUCUUUUGGAAAGGGCAAUUGCAUUUCGAGAUAGUAAUAUUGUAGAUGUGAGCACAUAUGAUGAUCUUAAAGCUGCAAUAUCACAAGGCAAAUGGGCAAGGGGCCCUUGGUCUGCUAGCGAUGAAGACGAGUUAAAAAUUAAAGAGGAAACUGGAGCAACUAUCAGGUGUUUUCCAUUUGAACAGCCACAAGGGAUUAAAAGAUGCUUGAUGACUGGAGAUCCUGCCGAAGAAGUGGCCAUUUUUGCCAAAUCUUACUAACUCUGCAAGUUUGUUUGAUUGUUUAACUUUCAAAUAAUAUGAUUUGCGGUUGUAUAAAAAAUAAUAAUGAUUUAUGGACGGGUACUUGGCUUUUUAA